AUGGCUCUGGGAAACGACAGCGCAAUUGCUCAGAACGAGGGUCUGGGAGACGAAACCCCCGCCCAGGAGACGGCGUCACAGACCGCCACCCCCAAUGCGGAGGCGACCCAAGUUCUGCUUGAUGUCGAUAAUGACGAAGAUGACGACGACGAGUCAGGAAGUGAUGACUCCGACGAUGCUGAGGAGCCAACCAACACUCCCUACGUCUAUGUACCCCAAAACUGCAACUUUGGAGAGCGAUAUCCCAUGCUGUCGGGAGACGACAAGUCACCCUUUCCCCACCCCUACACCACCGACGCUUGGGGCGACGUGUACACCACCCCUGUGUGUCUGGAGGAGCAGGGCGUGAAUGGAGCAUCGGAGGCCAUCAGACAGAAGCCAGAGUGGUGGCGAAAGAUCGACGACGAGACUAUUGUGGCCAAAUGGAAGACGGAGAUGGUGGAGCAAGGGGUGCGAGAACCGUGGGCCGAUUACGUCAUCAAGGAGCUCAAGGAGGUCUACAGACCCAUCUCAGCAAAGUUCGAGCACAAGGCUGGCCCCAUUCUCACCCGUGAGAUCAUGCAGGGUGACGGGCUUGUUUCCGAGGACACAAAGACCAAGCUCAAGACUGUAGUCAAGGAGUUGCUUGAGGACGAGGGAGAGCCCGAUUGGCAUCCUGGUUCCAACGAGCAGGUUCUGGAUCUAGUCCAUCCUUCUCUAUUCCCAAUUGUCUACGAAAAGACUCGAGUUCUCCAGUCCGACCAGCCUGAUCUCAAGUUUGAGCUGGGAACCACUGAGGGUUUGUUCCCCUCGCUCGACAAGUGCAUCAAGGCUCCUGUUUAUGACUGCAAGACAGACGCAAACAAGAAUGACAUAGCUGAUUAUGCCAUUUCCAAGAAGUACCAAUGGAUCCCCACCCCCUUCAAGAUUGACGAGAACGGAAAGGUGUCUGUGCAGUCCUACAUCAACAACCUGCACCCCAUUUGGCACAAGGAUCUGUACCCUUUGAUUGGUCAGAUCUUCGAGGACUGUGUUCCUGCUCUUGAACACACCCUUGGUGCUUUCCUCUCCGGCCAGCUGCGACGAAUCAAUCCCAUGUCUCACUCCAACGGCUACUAUUCCGACGAAGAGCCCAAUUUCGAGGACGAAAACGGCGAGUGGGACGAUACUCUGUGGGAAGAGUGGAAUGAGAACCGCGUGCCUGCCAUUAACAAUCCCCCGGAGGAGGUUGUCCAGAUGACCAAGGAAUUUGAGGCCAAGGGCAAGACUCUGAAUGUCAUCACAAAGCUGGCAAACAUCCAUCUGACUCCCGAGAACCCCUCCUAUCCCGGGGGUACCUGGCACGUCGAGGGUACCAUCAACGAGAACAUUGUUGCCACCGUUUUGUACUACUACGACGUUGAGAACAUAUCCGAGUCGCGUCUGGCGUUCCGAACCGCCAUUUCCGACCCUGAGUACGAGCAGAGUGACGAGCGAGGCGUUCGAAUGGUGUUUGGUAUCGAGGACGAGCAGAAAAUGGUGAUGGAGCUCGGCAAUGUGGAAGCCAAGGAGGACCGUGUGGUUGUGUUUCCUAACAUUUACCAACACCAGGUCCAGCCCUUUGAGCUGGCCGAUAAGACCAAGCCUGGCCACCGGAAAAUUGUGUGUUUCUUCAUUUGUGAUCCCCACGAUAAGAAGGUGCACACUACUGCUCGGGUGCCUCCUCAAAACUCUGCUUGGUGGGGUGAGAAGGUGCGAUCUAUUGGUUUGCUUGACAAGCUGCCUGAUGAGCUGUUCAACAAAGUGCUGGAUGCCCAUGAUGACUACCCCUGGAGUCUGCAGGCUGCUAAGGAGGUGCGACUGGAUCUCAUGGAAGAGAGAGGCAAGGUUGUGGAGGAUCAGAACGAGGAGGAGUUUGACGGACCCCUGUUUGGACGACAGUUUUCUUUGUGCGAGCAUUAG